CAUGCGCAGUGGGUUUGUCCCCGGAAGUCCAUACUCGCACAUGUCCCAAAACAACCUUGAAAGGAAUACACAAGCAGCGUGUUGUCAGCCUGUUUGAUACAACACACCGCAACAGAGAUGCCAGUAACAAGAACAUUAUUUCAUCUCUACCAGUUGGGAAACCCGCAGCUGCGAAUAUUCAGACCAAACUGGUUCUUGACGCUGGUGAGGCCUGGAAAGGAGCAACCUCCUGACACUGUGCAAUUCCGCAUCCCAAUGGUGAUGACGAAGAAUGACGUUAAAAACUACCUGGAGAAGAUCUAUAACGUCCCAGUGGGAGUAGUUCGCACCAGGAUACAAUUUGGUUCCAACAAGAAGAGGAAUCACCUCAACCAGAGGGUUAAGCAACCUGACUAUAAAGUAGCAUAUGUUCAGCUGGCUCAAGGCCAGACAUUCGCCUUCCCUGAUAUCUUCCCGGAAAAGGCCAACACGCCAGCGGAGGGCUCCAUGGAGGAAAUUCAGGAGAAGUUUAUGGAAGAUGAGAAACAGAGGCAGAAACCUGACCCCAGGAGAGGAGGGAUCACAGAGUGGUUCGGACUCUGAGGCGGCCCACCGACUAGGAGACGUUCUUGCCUGUACGUACAUGUAUGUAACUGUUACAUCAGGUACAACAUGGAUGGAGUGUCUAUUUCGGCAUUCAAAGUUUGGACAGAGGAAUGAAGAUGUAUGCACAUGUGUGUGUGAGUGAGAGAAUCCCAGAAGAAAAAGAACGACUCUGCACUGAUGUUUCAUGAAAUCAACCUACCCUACAGAACCCCAUCUGCUCAGAUGACCUUGUCUUACCUCUAAUGUGUUUUUCUCACCUCCUUCUCUUGGACCACAUUUUUUUUCUACCCAUCAUCACCUUUAUGAAAUAAUACAAAUGAUCUAUCAUUGACCCUUUGAUAUUCGCUGAACCAAGCUUGCAUUUUGUGCAACUCCAGAUGCAUAUUUUGGUUAAAUUCCAAAUGUACGACCUUUCGAGCAUUCAACAUUAGAGGCUUUUCUGAACGUUAACUCCCAUGCCUGCUAUUGUUCAUAUUUCUUUCUUUUCCUUGCGUUCCCUCACUGAUCUUCCUCUCACACUAAACAAAGUUGCGUGGUAUCCCUUACAAAUUUGACUUUCAGCCAAUUGGAAAAGACCACCAAAAUAACUUGCAUCAUUUCCUUUUUAUGAUUUCGCCUCGGAUUAAUUGGCCAGUUUGGGUAAACAUUGGUUGAGCAAUGCAACAUCAUGGAGUGUUUUAUGAUUUAGUUAUAGCCCUUCUCACCAUAACGUUGGGAAAAUCUGUCUAAUUGUUACUACUUGUUGCAAUUAGAAGUAAUAAACAGUCACUCGUACAAAA